CUUGGGAUCUAAAGUACUUAUUUAGAAGGUAACAAAUGUUCCUACACACUUAGAAAGACAAUGUUACAAGUGUACCGCCACUUGACUUACAGACGACGUUCCAAAAUGUAUUUCUAUCAUUCUGAUUGUAACGUUAUAUGAAGACAAACCAUAGCUCUAAAUGUAACGUUAUGAAAUAUUCCUAGGAUAUCUCCAAAAUAACAUGAUAUUCAGAACCUUUCAUGGACUACCAAGGAACGUUUUUAAUGUUCCCAUGAUGUCUGUAUAGCGAAGGGAUAUUUAUAACCUCUAUAAUACUUAUUAGAAACGUUAUGAAUGUGCCUAUAAUGUCCCAAACGGGCUAUGACAUUCAGUACCUCUGGAAGACUUAAGGGGAAUGUUACAAAUGUCUCAGUUAAGUUCCUUGUUAGCUGGGCUACAGUAGCCUACAAUGGCAUAUAAAUUAAUAGCCUACUUGAUGGCCAACUGAUGCAAAUGUAGCCUAUCAUUUUCCACAUUUAAUGUAAUUUUCAUUGUGGACGUUUUCCCAUAACAGAAGCAUGCUAGGGAGUUCCAUAACUUCCAUUUCCAAUUUCCACACUUGCAGCGCUCCAGAUCCUAGAACUGCGCAUGAGUAAAACCCUUUACUUUAAAUCACCUCUGAGCGAAUUUAUCUAAAGAGUAAAAAAAAAUGCGGACAUAGCAACCGUGCUUUUGUCACAAUAUUGCAAGUGCAGAGAGGAAAUUAUGUCUCAGUUUUGUGGUUGUGGUGCAGAAUGUGAAAGAAAUCCCAUGCUUCUGCUUUCUCUGUUGAGUAUAUGACUUCGAUUGGGGCUCAAUGGAGCUGGCUGAAAGGUACAGCAUUCCAAUGAAUGACUAUGAGGAUGCCACAGGGUUACAGACCCGAGGUGCAAGGACACCUAGAACAGAGGACAUCUACCAGUCUCUUCAGUCUCCAAACAUAACAUAUAGACAGAGAGAGGCCAGGCCACAUGACAGGAUGCAAUGGAAAACAUUUGUGUCCCCUCUGCUCCUCUUCAAUGCACUUUUACUGAUGAUCAUUCUGGUAAUUGUUGGAGUUCACUAUUCCCAUUUCACCGGGGCAAUAUCAUCUGAAAAUGGAGAUUUCAGACAGAAUGAAGAAAUGUGGCAUCUCUAUCACAAUGGGUUCUAUCUAUUCUGGCAAAGUGUGGGGGAUUGCCUAACUGCUGAUAGCUUCUGUCAGCAGAGAAACGCCACUCUGACCACAUUACAGCCACAUAACAGGGUUUGGUUGUUGGCCAGGGCCAGAGGACAGCAGCUUUGGGUCCUUGAGCUGAGGGAUAUGACCGAGUUGUCUGCAGAUGGUGCCACAGAGGAGGAUGGUGAAUAUGGUGAUGAUUGUGCCCUCCUGACUGGUGACCCCACCCAGGCCUCAAUGAGCCCGGGCCACAGGAAGAGCAAGGGGUGGGUGUGUGAGAGGAAGGCCUCUCCACCACAUGUAUCUGGAAAUCAAUAAGAUCCAACCUAUUCCAUUCAGGGAGGAUAUCAACUUUUCCUUGAAUUUUUUUCACUUUUUAGUCACGAUGUUAAUUGUUUUUUUAAUUCCCUGAACAAUGUCCUCGUUUUAAUGACCAAAAUGUAUUGCUUAAUUUGGGGAGUUACAUUGUUUGAUUCUAUCCUGCAUUGCAGGGCAAUUGCUUGUGUCAGUGUACACAAGAGGGCGCUAUGUAAUUGUAAAGAUUCAGUAAAGUCUGCAAAGAAAGAGCCAAAAAUGUUGUUCACAGGAGAACAUUACUGAAACAUGCACACGUUUUCUUUACAUGCAGAAGGAGUCACUGACCUGUAGAUCAAACCAUAAGCUUGCUAGGCUUCUCAUCACCAUUCAAAGGAUGGCUGAAGCACUACAAAAUGUAGCUGAAACAUCUGUUUACAUCUGUUAGAUUAAUUUGUAUUUUAAGAAUAAUGACUAAAGGA